CAGGACAUGUUGUAAACUGCUGGCUCUUCUUCCAUCAGCUCUCCGCCGGCUAAUUUACAGCUUCUUUGACUUUUAAAACGUUUUAUGUCUUCGUGUUUCAGUCAGGCGGUCCGCAGGCAGCUCGCAGCUGUCACACUGCGGGGUCCUGCCGGGUCCUUCCUGCCCUGAGCCGCUGCGCCAGCCUCCUGACAGAAACCUAGCACCGGAGGAAAAACCCUUAAUUAACCCGAAAUCCUGCUCAAACCGACCCGGUUCUGGGAGUAAUGAUGGGCGGGAAGACCAGUGCGAUAGCCGCGGGGGUGUGCGGGGCUCUGUUCGUCGGUUACUGCAUCUACUUCGACAGGAAAAGACGGAGUGACCCCAACUUCAAGAACAGGCUGCGAGAACGGAGGAGAAAGCAGAAGGUGGCCAAAGAGAGAGCAGGCCUGGCAAAGCUUCCAGACCUGAAGGAUGCUGAAGCAGUUCAGAAGUUCUUCCUGGAGGAGAUCCAGCUGGGGGAGGAGCUGCUGGCUCAGGGAGACUAUGAGAAAGGUGUGGACCACCUGACCAACGCCAUCGCGGUGUGCGGUCAGCCUCAGCAGCUGCUGCAGGUGCUGCAGCAGACUCUGCCACCGCCUGUCUUCCAGAUGCUGCUCACCAAACUGCCCAGCAUCAGUCAGCGGAUUGUGAGUGCACAGAGUCUGAGCGAGGACGAUAUAGAAUGAGAUGAUCGAGAGGAAACGACCCCCGCCUCCCCCCGUUCUUCAUCCUCCUCUUCCUCACACGGGCCUCUCCUUCCAUAACGACCUGCCAACGCCUCGGCCUCCGUCACUCCGGCCGACGUCCAUCACUUCCCAUCAGGGCGUCCUAAAGGGAAUUAGUUUUUUAUUCCUGGUGUAUCACGACAGUAGUGUUUGUUUUUUUACUUAAAUUACCCGUUUUGGGGUAUUCAGAGUCUCUCGAUCAUUCAGCCCCGAGAGAUCCACCAUCAGUAGGUAUGUACUAAUUAACUGGACUGGGUGAAAACAGUAAUCGGCUCCGCCCCUCAGGGUGGUGCAGCAUCAUGUUCAUGCUGUCCACCAUCUUGGUGGUUACUCUGAUAUCAGUAGUGGAAAGUUACAGGAAUCUUCUGCGCUCGGAGGCUUCAUCAAGUAUUUAUUGUUUGUUAUCAGUCGUAUUUCUGUUCAGUCUAGACUCGGAAACACUUUUUAAAAAGUGAUCAAAUGUUUUUUUCGUGUUAAAGAGGACGACCCUCUUUAAAAAAAGAAAAAUAAAAACAUGAGAACAAAU